CUUCUCAUACUAGGGGCCAGGGGCCUGGUCACUGGCUUUGUGUGCUGGGGCUCAGGUGCUGGCAGUUGGAGGCUGUAUGCAGCUCACCUGGUGCUGAGCUAGGAUCCUACAAGUGGUGUCUGGUGUGUGCUGAGGCCAGGGGCUUCAAAAUGAAGACCAUCUUUCUGCUAGCUGUACUAAUGGCCUGUGGCUUACCUGAGGUACGAGGGGGCUUGAAGGAAUUGAACAGCAUGAUUGGGAAGCUCACAGGGAAGAAAGCAUUGACUGACUAUGGCUUCUAUGGGUGCCACUGUGGCUGGGGAGGCAAAGGAACCCCCAAGGAUGCUACUGACAGGUGCUGUUUGGCCCAUGACUGCUGCUAUUCAAAGCUGGUGAAGAAAGGCUGCAAGCUCAAAACACAGGCCUACAAUUUCAAAUACAAGAGUGGAUCCAUCACCUGCGGGUCUGGGAACUACUGUCAGAAGCAACUUUGUGCAUGUGAUCGAACAGUUGCCUACUGUAUGAAGAAAAACCAGAAGAGUUACAAAGUGAAAUAUCGCAACUACCCCAAUUUCCUGUGUAAAGGGAAUAAACCUAAAUGCUGAAUGCUUCUUUUCCCCUUCCUCAGCAAGAAUUAACAAGAAGGCCUCGAAACUGCAAUUCCAAAGCCAUCACUCCCCAAUCCACAGCAUUUUGCAUUUCCUUUUCUACAUAGUAUUGCUUUGACAUCAGCAUUCAGAUGAAUUGAUGCAAUCAAUCAACAAACCUUUAUUAAUUGCUUGCUCUGGGCCAAGCAUCUAAUGUAAUUCCCAACCUCAGCUGCAGAGGGCUGAUGAUGAAACUUUCCUCCCUUCUCUCAGGAGAGAGGUGGAAUCCACGCUUGUUGUCUGGUGUUGUUGGGACGUUUGGUUUGAUUUGUUUUACACUUAGUCUUUCUUACGAGGAGAAGGGUAGUUAUUAGGAAGUGAUAUGAAAAAACCUAUCAAUAAAAUGUUCAGUUUGGGA